AUGCGCGCCACGCUGAGCCAGCUGUUGCUCUUGGCUGGGCUGGCAUGCACUCUGGCCAGUUCACGCCUGACCACCGACAACAUUGAGAACUACUUGGCGGCCGAUCAGGUACAGCAGCUCAAGGGGCUGUCACGGGCCGCACACAACCAGCUGGCUCGCCAGCUCGAGCGCGUGCACAUUGACACGGCAGAUGGCUCCAACUUGGAACUGGAUGCUUGGGGCAUGUUCCGGAUUGUCGACACGGUCGAUGCUGACGAGAUGGCUGCGCAAGCCAAAGCCAGCGAGCAUGGCCCACGCCAGCGUCGCUCUCUGCUCGCACAGGCCUCCGCCUACCGCAGCGAUGGUUUGCCCCUCCUGCACAGCAAGCCAGGGGCGCCCAAUGUGAUCUACCUCGACUUUGAUGGCCACCAACAACCCGACUAUGGCUAUGGCUGGGCUGGAGGUUUUGACGCAAAGCCCUACAAUCUCGAUGGAGAUGCGAAAAGCUUCUCAGCUGUUGAAACGGCCAACAUCAUUGAUGUGUGGGGUCGCGUUGCGGAGGAUUUUGCCCCCUUUGAUGUCGAUGUUACCACCGUCGAACCCAGCUCGUUUGGAUCGCGAACCACACGCUGCCUGAUUACCUCCCGGCAACAACGGGACGGUAGCUACAUGCCCCACGGCAGCAGUGCUGGUGGCGUCGCCUUUGUCGGCGUCUUUGGCACCUCGUACUACCAGCCCUACUACUCGCCUGCUCUUGUCUACUUUGACAACUUGGGUGGUUCCAAGACCAUUGCUGAAGCCUCCAGUCAUGAGCUGGUCACGCCGCAGAUUGGUCACAACCUCGGACUCCCGCAUGACAGGCGCGAAGGAGAGGGUUACUUCACGGGCGUAGGCUCGAGUAGUGACCCCACUUCCUGGGGGCCUAUCAUGGGCGCCCCGUACAGCAAGUCGGUGACGCAAUGGUCCAAGGGCCUCAACGGCGUAACUGGUAGUGCGAAUGAUGAGGACGACAUUUACAUUAUCGAGGCGCUUCUCAGUUUGCGCCAGGAUGAAGCCGGUGAAACGGCUGACUCUGCCGCCGUGAUGACAGUCGUGGACGCGUCUACCAUUCAGGCAUCGGGUAUCAUCACCGAGGAGGACGACGUCGAUGUUUGGCGCUUUACCGUCGUGGACCAGGGUAUUGUGACCCUGAGCGUCAACCCCUGGUACAGCGGCGGCAACAUCAACGGGAACAACUUGGAUGUGGCCGUUCAAGUGCGCAAUGCUGCCGGUUCUGUGGUGGCGGCCGACGCUCGAAAUGGCCAAACCAAUGCAGAAAUCUCUUUUUCGGCCCAGGUCGGCACGUACUACCUCUAUGUGUGGGGUGAUGGUGAUGGCACAUACUACCCCUCGGCCUAUGGCAGCCUGGGCCAGUACACCGUCCAAGGUUCAGGGCACUUUGGCAUGUCCCUACCGACAACCACCAAGUCGACCACCACCACCACAACUACUACUACUACCACCACUACUACUACCAAGUCGACCACCGCUCAGUCAACAACAACGACGACGACGACGACGACGACGACGACAAGCAGUGAGGAUGGUGUGGCGAGCUGCAGCUGCCCAAGCCGCCGAGUGAAGUCCUUCUUCGAUGAUGAUCGCACCAUGGGCUUCCGCUUCAAGCAGGAUUGCGCGCAAGGGCACACUUUCCAGUUUUGCGUGCGUCGUUCGGAAGACUCGAGGAAACAGAUGACCGUCCAAUUGGAGCUGGAUUCGGACGUGGUGGCUGGUCCUUUGCAGGUGGAAUCUGGCCUGGGUGCCAUGGCCUGCCUGCGAUAUGAUGUGCCUCCGGCUCUCGCUGUUGAUGGCAACAAAUUUACCCUUCACAUUAUCAACGAGAAUGCGCAGGCCUUCCAAGUGAUGCAUGAUCGUCGCAAGAUCACUCGCACCAAGCACUGCGAGCCGCAGUUUUGA